GGGUCGCUGUAGUGCGCUGACAUGUGAGAGGAUGAGGUUCAUGGAGCUUGGUCUCCGGAAGAAGUAUUGGUAGCGUAACAGGCUUGUUUUUUUUUUGUUUUUUUUUUCAUUUCCCUCCAGUUUCUCUGCCUUCCAGCUCCGCUUGUCGGCCUAACAUUGCAGCCUUCUUGUUGGCUGGUUAAAACCUGCAGCACAGCUUCGGGCUGAGAGCUCUAACUAACGGCAGCCGCUCGGAACUGAAGCGGCGCAAGUGUGUAUGUGGGGUCUGAACACGUCGUGUGUUGUGACCCCCCCCAACUCCCUGCACGUUUUGGUUUGUUCAGAAGAUUGUCUUCAGAGCCUUCAAACAUCAGAAGUUUGAAGGCAGACUAAGGAAGGUGGCAUGUUUAUUCAUCCAAUCCUACUCAAUUUAGAUAAGAGCUUCAAUUAGCUCCUGUAACCUAAAUCCAUAAAUGAACAAUGUGCGACGUUACUGCAGUGUUAGCUGUGGAGGACAUGAAGGAGGAAGUCUCUUCAGAGCCACGUCCAGAACCUCUGUUCUUAAUCCUUACCCCGCCUCCACCUUUCUCACUGGCCCCAGGUGAGCUCUCUAUGCCCUGGCCAAAAUGGCUUAAAGCUUUUGAACACUACGCUCAAGCAUUAGGUGAAAAAGAUAUGGACUCUAGUAAGAUGGUGCUCUUACAGAGCUUUCUCGGCCCAGAGGGACAACGCGUCUUCACAACUCUGAUCAGAAAUCAGACUACAUACAGUGCUGCCAUUUCAGAGCUCACCGCUCAUUUUGGCUCUGAUCAUGCCACUCAGGCCCACCGUCUGAAGUUCCACCAAAGGGCUCAGAUGCCUGGGGAGACCGUAGAUGAAUUUGUCACAGCACUGCAAAAUCUGCUGAGGCCUUGUCAGUAUGGGAGGUUUAAGAACAAACUUCUACUAGAUCACCUGAUUGAGAAAACAAACAACCUGCUGCUCAGAGAGAGGCUACUGUUAAGGAAGGACCGACUAACCUUAGCCAAGGCCCUGACUAUUGGUAAAGAGGUGGAAUCUCGUGCAAGUGAAUCUCAGCUAUUUGAUUUUCAUGAGGUGAGUGUGGACAUUGGAGAGGAUUUUGAGCCCCCAGUUCAAAAUAAGAGCAAAAGAGGAAGACCUCGGCUAGGGGAGAAAAGGGUUAAACUAAAACCCGUUGUGACUGAAACCCAACAAAAGCGCAAAAGAGGAAGACCUCGGCUUGGGGAGAAAAGGGUUAAACUAAAACCAGUUGUGACUGAACCCCAACAAAAGCGCAAAAGAGGUAGACCUCGGCUUGGGGAGGAAAAGGUUAAACCAAAACCACUUAUAACUGAACCCCAAAGAGAACCUGUUGAAGUCAAAAAUCAGAACUACACCAAUGAUAGCUCUUAUAGUUGCGAUGAAGGUAGAUCUCAGGUCACAGAAGAGAAUAAUGUGGCUUGUGAUAAACCAGAUAAUAAUAUCAGCACCUCAUCACUUCAUAUAGUGGAAGAUGAAAAAAACAACCAGUCGAGCGACACUGCCGAAGACAAUGACGACAGUAGGGAUGAAGACUUCCUCCCUUAUUUGACCAAGGGGAAAGACCUUUACUGUCCCAUCUGCAUCAACAGGCACUUCAAAACCGCAGACAAGCUUAACAGACACAUGAGGUCGCACACGGGGGAGAAACCGUUUAAAUGUCCACUCUGCCAUCUCACAUUUAGUCAGUCGUACCACAUGACCCGACACAUGAGGAACCAGCAUGCUGCGGGGCCUUACGUGUGCCCCACCUGCGGGCUAAGCCUGGAAAGCCUAGCAGAGUUGUUUAAACACAAAAAGACACACAGGGAACAAACCCUUUACUGUCCUGAUUGUUAUGAAAUCUUCUUGAAUGAUGAAGAGCUUCGUAGUCACGUUAAGUCACAUAACAAAGACCCAUCGCUCCAAACAGAGGGUCAAAGCAAUCAACAAACUCACUGCGUUGAAGUGAAAACUGAAGAAUUAUCCGAUGACACUUGUGAAGCUACUGACAGUAUAUGCUUAACUGAGGAUGUCAACUAUCAAGCUAACUCUGAACAAGCUGGACUAAAGACAACUAAAGACAAUUCUUGUCCCAUCUGUGUUGGGAGGCGCUUCAAGGGACCAAACAAACUUGCUCGGCACAUGAGGACGCACACAAAAGAAAAGCCCUUCAGUUGCCCCGUCUGCAACAAGAAGUUCAGCCAGUCCUAUCACAUGACACGGCAUGUGAGAAUUCAGCACGGUCUCGGAAAGUACAUCUGCCCUCAAUGUGGCAAGAGUUUUACCACCUGGCUAGACCUAAAAGUACACAAAAGGACUCACGCUCACAUUGGUCUCAUGUGUCUUGCAUGUAAUAAGCAGUUCAAAGAGAAGGGUGCGCUGGAAAAGCAUCUUAAACUACACAAAGCGGUUGAGCCGAGUCCUCGAAGCCUCAUCUGCGGUGACUGCGGCAAGGAAUUUGGCCGCCCUUAUCAUUUGAAGAGGCACAUCAUGUCCCAUCGCAAAGCAGCGAAUUCUGACUUUUACAAGUGCCCCGACUGCAAGAAAAUCUUUUACUUCCCAGAAGACCUCAACAAACACUUGGAAGAUCAUGUAAAGGAAAACAGUGGGAUGUGUCCCAAAUGCAACGAAAGGUUCGACAGUGCGGAGGAACUUGAGACCCACAUGCAGGUUCAUCAGAAGUCUUUUCCCUGCGGCACCUGUGGAAAGAAAUUUAAAGUGGAGUAUGCACUGAAGAAACACGAGGAGGGCCACCAGCAUGAUCAGUAUUACUGUUCAUUGUGUCAGAAACACUUCAUGAAACUGUCUCAUUAUAAGAGACAUGUGCAGGUCCAUGACAGGCGAGAAUCCAGAUGUCCACACUGCGACGGAGUCUUUCUAAAGCUUACAGCUUUCAAAUAUCAUCUGCGGACUCACACCCUGGAAAGGCCAUACCAGUGCAGUUGUUGCAUCGAAACGUUCGAGCAGGAGGAGGAGUUGGAGCAGCACUGUCUUAAGCACAGGAAGUUUAAAAAGGAGAGGCCUUAUUCAUGCACGCGUUGCGACCUCGCUUACUCCACUUUGGUGGAGCUGACUGAGCACAUGAUCUCUCACGAGGGAGAGCAGCCUCAGACCUGUCCCUUCUGUGGUAAAACCUUCCUGAACAAGAACAAGCUGGAGCGGCACAUUAGCAUCCACACUGGCGAGAGGCCCCAUCUCUGUUCCAUCUGUGGCAAUGGCUUCCCCUCUGCCGCCAGCCUGAAGCUGCACGUUCUCAUCCACACUGGAGAGAAACCGUUUAAGUGCCUGCAGUGCAGCAAGAGCUUCAGCUCCUCCAGCGGCCUGCGUCUGCACAGCAGGCAGCACAUGGACGAGCGACCCAGCUACGGGUGUCCUGAGUGUGGCAGGACGUACGGCCGCCUGACGGAGCUGAAGAUGCACCAGCGCUACCACACGGGGGACAAACCAUACGCAUGCACCUGCUGCAGCAAACGCUUUAUUAGCAAAGACAAGCUCAACGUUCAUAUGAGGACGCAUACGGGAGAGAGACCCUUCUCCUGCCCUCACUGUGGACAAACCUUUACACAAACUGGGGACAGAAACAGACACAUCAGUAAAUACCACCCAGUAAUCUAAUAAAACUGCAGGAUGUUUCCUGUGAAAAUCA